UUCAUUGGUACCAUAAAAAAACAAAUUAAUGUCACCCUUAUACAAAAAACCAGUGAAAUAUAUUAUUCUUUGGUCGAACACGUAGUCCAUUCUUCUUUGUCCGGAAACGUAUCCAACAUACAUUAUAUCAAUAAACCAAUUAACCAUCUGAGGUUAACAUAUACUCCAGUUCAGUCUAAACUUUGCACUAAAAGAAACUACUCUGACCCAAGCUUUUGGAAUUCCAAAAUGUACAAAUUAUUUUCAAAUUAAUUACUCUGCUUGAGUUGUUCUAACCGUUAAAUUAGAUGGUUUGACGGCUUGUGUGAUUGCAGACAUACACAACGACCAAAAACAUAAAACAAAAAUUCAUUAUUCAGUAACAUAAAGAAAAAUGCAAAAAAUAAAAUAAAAUGAAGGUGAUGGACUCACGGUCCAAUAUAGAUAGGAUUCGAUUCGUUCUAUCCAAAAAUGGGGGAAAAGGCACCGCUAGAUUAAAAAGAAAAGAAAAAAAAAAGGUCCAUCCUCCUCAAUUCAGUUGGUUCCAUUUCCGACACCGGUACCCACCUUCCCCGGCCGCUUAAUCCCCGCCGGUCUACGGCGGAGCUAAAAAAGAAUCUCCCCUAGUGUGAUGCGCGCGGUAGAGUUAUAGACGAUGGUGCCACCGAACCGGCCCGAGAUCGUUGAGCUGCCGGCGGGAAACGGGGAAGCAGUAUUAGUAGCCGUCGGAGCUGAGUGGGUUGCCGCCGGCGACGUGGAGCAGCGGCUGGAGGAGGACAUCGAUGGCGGCCGGCGGGAGCGCGUUUUGGACGUCGAGGUGCCUACCGUGGAAGUAAGAUUUGAGAACUUGAACGUGGCGGCCGAAGUUCAAGUGGGUUCGAGAGCUCUGCCGACCCUCAUCAAUGUCGCCCGUGACACCAUAGAGGAUUUACUCACCAAACUGCGGAUAUAUCAUCCCAAGAGACAUUCUUUGACGAUUUUGAACAACGUCAAUGGCAUUUUAAAACCUGGAAGGAUGACGUUGCUGCUAGGACCUCCGGGUUCGGGUAAAUCAACUUUGUUGAAUGCUCUUGGGGGACAACUUGACAACAACUUGAAGGUAACUGGUAGAGUCACCUACAAUGGAGAAAGCGUCGACGAGUUCUACGUGCAGAGAACAGCGGCGUACGUCAGCCAAACGGACGAUCAUAUCGCCGAGCUCACCGUGCGAGAAACCCUCGAUUUUGCUGCUCGCUGUCAAGGGACGAGCCAAGAUUUUGCCGGCUGCAUGAAAGAAGUAAUGGAAAAGGAAAGGGGACAACAUCCCAGUCCUGAGAUUGAUGUCUUCAUGGAGGCAUCAUUGAUUCCCGGACAGAGGCAUAGCGUAUCGACAGACUAUGUCCUGAAAGCUCUCGGGCUAGAUACAUGUGCAGAUGCUCUAGUCGGCGAUUACAUGGUCAGGGGCAUCUCAGGCGGCCAAAAGAAAAGAGUUACUAUUGGAGAAAUGAUCGUAGGGCCAAGGAAAACGUUUUUCAUGGACGAGAUAUCAACUGGACUUGAUAGUUCAACAACUUACCAAACCGUGAAAUGCUUGGGCAAUUUCAUACAUAUGAGGCAAGGAACUGCGUUGAUGGCUCUUCUUCAGCCGCCACCCGAGACCUUUGAGCUAUUCGAUGACCUCAUACUGCUAUCGGAGGGAUACAUGGUUUACCAAGGACCGAGGGGUGGAGUUUUACCAUUCUUCGAGUCUCUCGGGUUCCAGUUGCCUCCUAGAAAGGGCAUUGCGGAUUUCCUCCAAGAGGUGACCUCUAGAAAGGAUCAAGCUCAAUAUUGGGCGGAUGCUUCAAAACCAUAUGUGUACAUUUCUGUCCCGGAGAUUGCCCUAGCAUUUAAGGAUUCUGCAAUUGGGAAGUCUGUUAGCUCAGCAAUCUCUGUCCAGUAUGACAAAGCCAAUGGCCAUCUUGAAGCUUUGUCUAGAACGAAAUAUGCUGCACCUUGGUGGGAACUGCUUCAAACGUGCUUUCAGCGGGAAAUCUUGCUGAUGAAACGGAAUCAGUUCCUGUAUGUGUUCAAAACUUGCCAGCUUGCGAUCGUUGGAUUCGUCACUUGCACCAUAUUCACCCGGUCGAGAUUGCAUCCUGAGAGCGAGAUAGAAGGGAAUCUAUACCUCUCAUGCCUGUACUUUUGUCUGCUUCAAAUGAUAUUCAUUUGCUAUGCCGAGUUGCCCCUGCUAAUUUUUCGGCUCCCAGUCUUUUACAAGCAGCGGGAUAAUUUGUUCCAUCCAGCUUGGGCGUGGUCGCUUGCUAGCUUCUUGCUAAGCGUUCCAUACUCCAUUAUUGAAUCUGUUGUAUGGUCUGCAAUCGUCUACUACUCUGUUGGUUUUGCUCCUGAAAUAUGGAGGUUCUUUCGUUUUGUGCUGGUGCUUUUUUCGGUUCACCAAAUGACUAUAGGCCUCUUCCGAACAUUAGCCUCAGUUGCUCGGGACAUGGUUGCCACCUUUGCUCUUGUAUCAGCCUGUCUGUUGAUCAUCUUCUCCUCAGGUGGUUUUAUCAUCCCGAAAGCUAUGGUCAAGCCAUGGUGGGCUUGGGCGUUUUGGAUUUCACCGUUGACAUUUGCUCAACGUGCAAUCUCUGUAAAUGAGUUUGGUGCUGAAAGGUGGAUGAAGAGCUCAACAUUUGGAAAUGGUACGAUUGGUCACAACAUUCUCAACAACCAUAGCCUAACAACUGAUGACCGCUGGUACUGGCUUGGAGUUGGUGUCUUGUUGACUUAUGCAUUGUUUCUAAAUGUCAUCGCGACACUUGCACUGACGUUUCUUCAUCCUCUCAAAAAGCAUCAAGCUCUUCAUCCUGGUGAUGAUGCUUCAGCGAAAAUCAACAAAAGUGGGGAUAGGAAGAAGAAAUCAAGUGGAACGUCCAUGGAAGAGGUUGUAAGGAGAGGGACGUUCCUUCCUUUUGAACCGCUAGUGAUGACUUUUCACAACGUGAGCUACUUCGUUGAGAUGCCAAAGGAAAUGCGUCAUGGUAAAUCUGAGACACAUCUGCAGCUACUAUCAGAAGUGAGCGGAAUUUUCUCACCCGGUAUUCUGACUGCGAUUGUGGGUUCGAGUGGGGCUGGGAAAACUACGCUACUCGAUGUGCUUGCCGGAAGGAAAACUGGUGGAUACAUAACUGGGGAUAUAAAGAUAGCAGGACAUCCUAAAGUGCAGAGCACAUUUGCUAGGAUUUCGGGAUAUGUUGAGCAAAACGACAUCCAUUCUCCUCAAGUCACUGUUGAGGAAUCUCUCUGGUUUUCUUCUGCUCUCCGGCUCCCCAAAGAAGUCACCAAAGCAGAAAGACAAGAAUUUGUUGAACAAGUAAUGAGGCUGGUAGAGCUUGAUACGUUAAGACUUGCUUUGGUUGGGUUGCCGGGUAGUUCUGGUUUAUCAAGAGAGCAAAGAAAACGCUUGACAAUCGCUGUGGAGCUAGUUGCGAAUCCCUCCAUAAUUUUCAUGGACGAACCAACAUCUGGGCUUGAUGCAAGAGCUGCAGCCGUGGUGAUGCGAACUAUGCGCAAUACUGUGGACACAGGACGGACUGUGGUUUGCACCAUUCAUCAGCCGAGUAUAGACAUAUUUGAAUCAUUCGAUGAGCUGCUUCUCAUGAAGCAAGGAGGAAAGAUCAUCUAUGGUGGGCAGCGUGGUCUCUACUCCCGGACUCUAAUUGACUAUUUUCAGGGAAUUGGCGGGAUUCAUCCGAUUCCGAAUGGCUAUAACCCUGCAACCUGGAUGCUAGAAAUUACUUCUACUAACGUUGAACAGAGGAUGCAUCUAGACUUCGCACAGUCGUACAGAACGUCUCAGCAGUUCAGGGACGUCGAAGCUUCAAUUCUUAGUUCGAGUGCCCCUCCUCCUGCCUCCCAACUAUUAAACUUUUCCUCUCCAUAUGCGCAUGACCUAUUGUCCCAGUUCCGGAUUUGCUUACGAAAGCAAAUGCUUGUCUACUGGAGAAGCCCACAGUACAAUGCAGUAAGGUUGCUUCUAACUGUGGUUGUUGCUUUGAUAUUAGGCACCCAGUUCUGGGACAUUGGUUCACUGAGGGACACAACACGCUCUUUGUUCACUGUAAUGGGAGCUUUGUACUCCGCUUGCGUAAUCCUCGGAGUUAGUAACGCGGCUGCGGUGCAGGCUGGAGUAUCAACUGAGAGAACAGUGUUCUACCGAGAGAAGGCGGCAGGGAUGUACUCUCCCCUUGCUUAUGCUGCAGCACAGGGCAUUGUGGAGAUCCCAUACAUUGUUGUACAGACAAUUCUGUACAGCAUCAUUACGUACUUCAUGAUUAAUUUCGAGCGAGAUGCUGGGAAGUUCUUCACGUACGUGGUCUUCAUGUUCCUCACAUUCACCUACUUCACAUUCUUCGGGAUGAUGGCUGUCGGGCUCACCGAUACCCAGAGCCUCUCCGCGGUGGUGUCUGCAGUAUUCUACACUUUUUGCGACCUUCUCUCCGGUUUCCUCAUCUCCAAGCAGUUCGUGCCAGGGUGGUGGAUCUGGCUAUACUACAUCUGCCCCGUGGCGUGGACCCUGCAAGGGAUCAUCUCGUCGCAGCUCGGUGACGUGGAGACCGUGAUCGAAGGGCCAGGGUUCCGCGGCUCGGUGAAAGAUUAUCUGAAGGAGUACUAUGGGUACGGGACCAACAUGGUUGGACCUUCGGUCGGGGUGCUCGUCUGUUUCAGCAUCCUCUUCUUCUCUGCCUAUGCCGCGUCUUUGAAAUUCAUCAACUUCCAGAGGAGAUGAUAAUAUAACGAGAGUGAAGCGUCCAAGUAAACUACUUUGGGCUUCCUACAAUGGGCCUAUUCAAAUACUUGGGCCUGUUCGCGCUUUUUCCGGCAAACGACUGUUUCAACGUUGGGCCACACUGGGCCCGGAUGACACUUGCAUGGGUUUGGUAUUUUUUUCUUCUCCACUCGUCAAUAAUUGCCAGGGUGUGAUCUGGUUAUUAGUUAAUCUUAAUCUCAUUGUAGUAGUAGUAAUAAUAAUAAUAAUGAUAAUAAUAAUAAUAAAUAAUGAGAGGUUCGAUGUUUCACUCCAUUAGCGGGGUUGACAGCCCUACUACUUGAUCAAACCCAGAAAACAGAUCUAUUACAUAAAUUCUAUAAAUUUUGAGAAAUUCA